CAAUUUCAAUAAAAUACAAAACAAAAGUCAUUCGGCCAUGGAAGUUCAUAUUUUUGUAAAUAUUUAUUUAUUUCAUUACAAAAUUAUGUAGCAGUGAUUCAAACUAAUUUCAAAGCCAGCUCAAUCCGAUUAUGUGUUCCCUCAGUCGUUUGCCAUGAGGGGCUACGUAACGUUGACUCUGACCUUUACGAUUUUGAGUUUGGCCUAUGCAUUGAAAGCCAAAUUGACUCGGGUUGAAUGCCUGGAAUUUGACAAAGCCUUUGCCACAAUACCGAAAUGUUAUUUGAAGGCCCUGUCCCGUUAUCGAUCGGCGUUUAGCCUUCAUGUGGCUCUGCAUCAGGUUCCGGUUACCAAUGUGUCGUUCAAUGCCGCCUUCUUUCGCAAGGGCAACAACGGCUAUCGGCUGUUCAUGUACAACAACACGGUGGAUUUUUGCAGUUUUUAUAAAAAUCCAAAUCGUUUUAUAUUUUGGAAAAUUGUCUUCUUCAACAUCAUAGCGCCGUCUUCGAACAUCAAUCACACAUGUCCGUUUGAUCACGACAUUAUUGUGGAGAAACUAAUUCUAGAUAGUGAAAUGUUCAAAAUGAUCCCAUUUCCGGCAGAUGAGUAUAUGGCAAAGGUAAAAGUUGCUGCUUACAAUCAUUUUAAGGCCGAAAUCAAGGCAUAUCUACAAAUAUCUGAAUAAAUGACAUGGGUGUAAUAAAA